CCUCAGUCUGGGCUGUAGAUGUAUUUCACUCUGUGAGCCUGCAGUCUCGCUUAGUACAGCUCCUUCUGUCAGACAUGGGAACACAUUUCCCUUACCUACUCACCCUCACCCUCAGCACCCUCCUCCUGUGGCUCGAAUUAACCUCCGCAAUGGGACACAACUCCACUGCGAUUAAAUUUGGGAAAUGUCCCCGGAGACUGGUGAUUGCAGUGACGAAGCGAGGAUGUACGUGUGAUGAGGACUGUCCUGGCACUGACAAGUGCUGUGUGUUUGAUUGUGGGGCAGUGUGUGUGCCCCCGGCUUUCAGAAAACCUGGGGUCUGUCCACAGAGACACGGUGGAGUUGGAGUGUGUGCAGAAUAUUGUACAGAUGACAGUGACUGCCCUGGCGAUGAGAAAUGCUGCAGUAAUGGAUGUGGCCAUUCUUGUGCUGCUGCCCAAAAAGUGAAACCAGGAAGGUGCUCUCUCCCACGUGGAACUAAGAUGUGUGCUGAAUUUUGCCAUCACGAUGGAGACUGCCCCGCGGAACAGAAAUGCUGCAAAACUACCUGUGGACAUGCCUGCUCGGAGCCCUGUUAAAUGCCUUUUAGUGUCAUGUUAAAGCCAUGUUAGUGUCUCCUUGAACUAUUGCUAUCCUGUUUAAUCCCUGCUAGACUACCGUUGGAGUGUUGCUGGAGUUAUACUGGAGCUUUGUUGAAGUGUUAUAGAGCCUUAAGAGAACUAUGCUGGAAUUAAAUUCAGGGCCCUGCUGGAGCUGUGUUAGAGUUGUUAGAAUCCUGCUGGAGCCCUGUUGGAGCUCUGCUGGAGCCCUGUUAGAAUCCUGCUGGAGCCCUGUUGGAGCUCUGCUGGAGCCCUGUUAGAAUCCUGCUGGAGCCCUGUUGGAGCUCUGCUGGAGCCCUGUUAGAAUCCUGCUGGAGCCCUGUUGGAGCUCUGCUGGAGCCCUGUUAGAAUCCUGCUGGAGCCCUGUUGGAGCUCUGCUGGAGCCCUGUUAGAAUCCUGCUGGAGCCCUGUUGGAGCUCUGCUGGAGCCCUAUUGGAGCUCUGCUGGAGCCCUGUUGGAGCUCUGCUGGAGCCCUGUUAGAAUCCUGCUGGAGCCCUGUUAGAAUCCUGCUGGAGCCCUGUUGGAGCUCUGCUAGAGCACGAUCAGGAUUGUUCAGAAAGUGCUGACCAAUCGUAGAAUCACAUCUAACGGUAAACGUUUUGUUUUGUGCUUUGUGAUACGGGUUGGGCAGCACUCACUGAACAAUUCUUUGUGCUUUAAUAGCUACUCUAACAAUCUAUUUAAGAUAAUCUGUUGAGUUUGUAUUAUGGCUCACUUACGCUUGCUAGAGCAACAUGCAUUCAUACAUAGAGACCCAUUCUCUGCAAACAAAAGAAAUAUGUUCAAGCCUUGUGCAUUUUAUGAAUUACACAGGAGUUAGGGGAGCCUAGAGUUCCCAUUGAUUUCUCCAUGGCAACACCUUGUCCAAUCAGAGUUAACUUGUCAACGAACCAGCACCCUGACAUUCUCCUGUAGUACAUAUUGCUGUGCACAUUUGAAAUUUGGCAAUCUUGCAUUUGUCCUGUAAAGUGUAAAAUGAAAACCUUCAGCAAUAUGUCUCUCUUUUCACCAAUAUCUUUGUAUCAUCAGCAAACCUAGAUAAACAGACUGAGUAAUUAUCAAAGAUAACUAAUAUAGACUGUAAAUAGCUGAGGCCCCAGCGCUGAUCCUUGCAACACUCCAGUAGUCACUGCUUGCCAACUUGAGAAUUCCCCAUUUUUGCCUGCUCUUUGCUUCCUGCCCAUUGACCAAUCCUUUAUCUAUAUUAAUAUAUUAUUCCCAGUUCCAUAAAUACUUAGCUUGUGUAUUAACCUAUUCUGUGGCACGUUAUCGAACGCAUUUUGGAAUCCAAGAAUAUUAAAUCUACUGGUUCCCCUUUAUGUACCUCACCAGUUAUAUCCUCAAAAAAUUCUAAUAAAUUUGUCAAACACGA